AUGAAGACAGAAGGAAUAAAAAGCCCAUCGGCAAAAUACCAUGAUAUGGCGGGCUCCCAGAGAAUCCCUCACAAGAACCCGCACAUUCAAAAAGUGGCUGUUUUGCAAAGUAAGCCCAAUAAGGAAGAUGCGCUAAAUUUAAUAAAGGAAAUCGCACAUAAAGUUUCCUAUCUAAUGAAGGAAAAUCACUUCAAAGUGACCAACUUGGUGGAGUUUUACCCACGUGAUCAAAGACUCCUGGGAAUGAACGUCAACCAUGGAUCUAAGAUAAUGUUACGGUUAAGAUGCUCCACGGAUGAGUUCCAAUUUUUACCCAUGGAGUGUAUAAUGGGCACCAUGCUGCACGAAUUAACUCACAAUUUAUUCGGUCCACACGACAAAAAGUUCUACAAUAAGCUAGAUGAGUUGAUUGGAAGGCAAUGGGUUAUUGAACAAAGAGGUUUGUACGACACAUUUUUGGGGAACGGUCAACGUCUCGGUGGAAGAGCAAACUUACGUUCAAAUAGAUAUCCUAUGACAGGAAUAAGUACUAACACAGGGAUAGUGAGAAAAAGGGGCAAAGGUGUGAAGUUAGGGAGUUUGCAUCCAGAGGGUAUAUCAUCUAUAGAUAGAGGUAAUUCCCCGAGAGAGUUGGCGGCUUUUGCAGCCGAAAGGAGAUAUAGAGAUGAUCGCUGGUGCGGAGAGACGAAGAAUAACAAAGAUCAAAUAAUAAGUGAUAAUAUUAGCAGCUCCUUAGAAGUUGUAAUCCUUGAUGAUGAUGACGAGGUACUCCCGGGAGAUACUCUUAUCGAAGUUAUUGAUCUCACUUAA